AUGCCUCUGUGCCUCCUCUUUAAUCGUCUAUUACCUUCCUCUCCUCUCAUCACCUGCCACGCGUCCCCUGCCGCACUCCGCACCCCUCCCUCCUCUCCGUCACCAACUCUUCCUAACCUCAACAGCACAACCUCCGUCCCUUCCCUAUCUUGCGCGCUCCAGUGUCCUCACUUCCAAUCGUGCUCUGGUUGCACGCAAGAGCAAAAUCUCCACCGUCCGAAUAUCGUCGACGAGGCUGAUGAUUUUUUUAAGAGUCUAGGAGUUUCAGAUUUCGAUUUUGAUAGCUGUAGAUUGUGGGGAUGGAGGAGUCGAGCAAAACUGGCCGUUCGUGGUUCCUCGAUGAAGCCGUUGAUAGGGCUUUAUGAAGAAGGCACUCAUAAUGUAGUAGACAUCCCCCAGUGUAAAGCUCAUCAUCCGAAUAUUAAUGCGGCCGUUGAACUGCUGAGACAAGGUAUUACUAAGUUGAAUAUCAAGCCAUACGAUGAAGAUGAGGGCACAGGCGAAUUGCGAUAUGUUCAGAUGGCUGUGACAACUUACAAUACUUCACUUCCUGCCUCGGAGAGAUAUAAAAAUGGUAAGGUGCAGGUUUCCUUAGUUUGGAAUUCAAGAAAUGAGAAUUCUCAUAAUUUUGAAAAAUUAAAUGCCUUGGCUCAUUUUUUAUGGAGGAAUGGUGGACCGAGGAGUGACGUCAGGUUUAUUCAUUCUGUAUGGGCUAACUUUCAGACAUCAACAAACAAUAUUAUAUUUGGCAAUAGGUGGAGGCAUCUCUUAGGAGAAAGUGGCUUUUGGGAACAUGUUGGAGGAAUCGACAUGUCCUUGGCUCCAUCCAGUUUUGGACAAGCAAACACUCAGGCUUUUGAUAUCCUGCUGCGGAAGUUACAAAAACAUGUUCCUUAUGGAGCAUCUGUCACUGAUCUGUACGCUGGAGCUGGUGCAAUUGGAUUAUCAUUGGCUGCAACUAGAAAAUGCAGAUCUGUUAAAUGUGUUGAGGUUAACAAAGAGUCAAAGCUAUCUUUUGAGAAGACUGUUGAACGCCUUCCAAGCUAUGUAGAUAGCAGCAUUAGUUGGCAUCGUGCAGACACUUCAGUUGAACCUCUUUCUUGGCUCAUGGGUUCAGAAGUGGUCAUUGUUGAUCCUCCUAGAAAGGGACUUGAUGCAUCUCUUCUUGAUGCAUUACGAACUAUAUCAUCAAUGGAGCGCAAGGCUAAAUCAGCACCUGAGAGCUCUUAUCCAAAGGUCAAAGAGGAGAAAAGACCAUGGGUGCUACGUGCAAUGAACGAUUCAGUUCAAAUUGGAAGCAAACCAACUCUGGAGGACUCAGGAUCACUGCCUCAAACACUUAUUUAUAUAAGUUGUGGAUGGGAAAGCUUCAAGGAGGAUUGCAAGUCAUUGUUGUCUAGUAAGAAAUGGCGUCUGGAAAAGGCUCAUGGUUUUAACUUCUUUCCUGGCACCCAAAGCAUCGAAGUUUUAGCUGUGUUCAAGAGGGGCAAAGUAGCAGGGACCGACAGAAUGUAUGCUUGUGAAGGUGAAGAGAAACCUCAAGGUGCAAAUUACAGGAACGAGCCAAAGAAAUCAGCAACUUCUCCAACACAAAUUGCUGAUGCUGCUGCUACUGAGCCAAUGCCCAAUGAUGCAACUGAGACUCAUGAUAACCAAACAGAUAUUGAUCGUGUAGAUGCUGCAGUAUUAGAACAGAUCAGUCGCACUUUUGUUGACGUGCGAAGAACAGAUAUUGGACGGAUUAGGAAAAAAUUAAACCAAGGUUAG